AUGAAGCUGCAUCUCGAAAGCGGAACGGGCCUGUUUGAAACUCCUGCCCCCCUCUCGCCCCCUUCGACGCGCCUCCAGCCUCCAGCCUCUCGGCCCUCCCCCUCCACUAGCGCGGUGGCUACCGCCGCACCACCCACCACGGCAACCCUGGGCUCUCGCGGGACGGCCCUUCCCACGGCGACGGGGUCGGCCAUCGUGCGACGCCCGGGCGGGUCAAUAGGGAGCGGAGGCCCCGGCUCAGAGUCGCCGCCGCCACGACGAGGCUCGACGGACGGUGGAGAGGGACUGCCGAACAUCGGACAAGCGGGCGGGUGGAAGAAGAAGGACUGGACCGAGACGGCUGCGUCGGUGGAGAAGGGCAAGACCCGAGGGAGGACGGAGCUCCUCUCCUCGGGCGGACAAGGCACCGAGGGGUGGAAGAAGAUGAAGAGCUUCUUCUCCACGAGCGCUCACCCUCUCCCCUCGCCACCUACUGUCGAGGUCCUGCAGCAGCAAUUGCAGCGCGAGCAAUCAGAGCGACGGCAUAUGGAAGAGGAGCUCCGACAGUUCAAGCAGAGGGCAGGGCCGCUCAUGUACCAGCUCAAACGGCGGUACGUCGAGUGCUACGACGCCAACAAGACGCUCACCCUGCGGAACGAACAUCUCGAACGGGAGCUGGAGGCGCUCUCCAAGUUCGGCAAGCCCGGCGCGCCGCCAAUUGCUCGAGACAAGAAGCCCGCAUCGCCGGAGGGCUCGGCAGUGGGGACAGCGAGCGGAGGACGAGCAGCCGACUUCAUGGCGCGCGAGAAGAUGCUGGAGGCGAGGGAGAAGAAGGAGUGGCGGAACACGCGGAUGAUGAUGGUGGAAUCGCACAAGACGGAGAGGCUCGAGCUGAUGGCGCAGGUCGAGGAGCUCAGGGAGAAGCUCAAAGGACUGACCAAGGAUCUGCUCGAGGUGUUGGACGAGAACGAGAAGCUGGUCAAGCAGCUGGAGAUCGCCGAGGAGGAACGAGACAAGUGUAUAAAGCUGAUGGAGAGCAAGGUCUCCUGA